AUGGCUUCGACUACCACAACAUUUCCCAACACUCUUGAGGGUGUCAAGGCUUUCUGCAAGGGUCGCAAAGCUCUUGACCUCGUCCGCAGCUUUAGCACUACUCCAAUCCCAGGCGCACCGGCAAAGUGGGACGAUACGCUGGGAGUUUGUCUAGACCUCGAAUGGUACAACCAACCUCCCGACAAGCCAAUGGAGAUAAUCAACGAGGGCGGUCUCGUCGUCUUCCCGAUGAAGAAGCUUCGUAGCUGCAAGAACCCAAGCGAUUUCGAGGAUCUCAUUCGAAACUUCGCGGUACAUCACCUACGCAUCGUGGAGACGUGUCACAUGCGGAACAAGGGGAAAGACAAGUUUGGUAUUCCUUUCGGUGAUACUGAGCUGAACCCAAGGUUUUGUCAAACGCGUUUCGUCACGAAAUCUGAGGCCCAAGCAGUCCUGAUCCAGUUCCUCGACAACCAGCGCUGCGAUGAUGGAUCCAAGCGGCCAGUGAUCUUCUUUGGUCAAGGCCUGAACAAUGAUGAGCGCCAGCUGAAGGAGCAAUGGAACCUUAACACGGCUAAGCUUGACAGCAUUGUUCUUACGAUCCGAUCGCUUGGAGCACUAGCGAGCCACGCCGGUAUCGUCGCUGUCCCAGACAAAGAACGCGGUGAGAGCUUGCCGAGGUUCGUCGAGCUUCUUCGUGGGUUCCAAAUCGAUACAAGCAACAUAUGGCUACACAACAGCUCAAACGAUGCGGUGUAUGAGACGACACUGUUCUUUCUCGUUGUCCUUUUCCCAGUAUUGUAUCCGGGCACGCCUUGCAAUCAGUUCCCACCGGACUGCACCAUAGCCAGCCGUUCCAUCAAUGACAUAUGGACCGGUCUUGCUGAGGAGAAGAAAGUCAUCCCACCGCAAACGUGGGGCACUGCUCAGUUCUGCUGGUACUGCGACAAGGCAGACGUGCAUGACGCCGACGCGUGCCCUGUAAAGGAGACGAUCGAGUGCGACAUUUGCGCGAAAGCUCCUGGUCCUGAGAACAAGCGCUUCCGCAGCAAGCAAUAUCGCUUUGGCCAUCAGACUAGUCGGUGUACCCAUCAGUUCAGGCACUACAUCCCACCCCUGCCUGCAUUUAUUACCGACAACCUCGACCACGAAGAGCAGCGUGCUGUCUCGCGAGCCAAGGCUAGUGACGAUGUUGCGGUCGGUGGGCGGAUUCUGUUCGACAAGCUUCUGGCACCUGGGUACCCAGGCAAGAUUGGCGAUCGUGAGUUGGAUGCCGAGGACGAGCGUCGCGCUGAGGAGGACAAGAUGCUGUGGAGCUUGAGCGAUCCUGAAGACGAAGAAUUCGCUCUAGAUGACGAGUAG